AUGCCAGUAGAGUGGAGGAAAAGUACUAUCAUCCCCUUGUACAAGAAUAAGGGUGAUGUCCAGGAUUGUGCCAAAUAUCAAGGAAUCAAAGUAAUGAGUCAUACUAUGAAAUUUUGGGAGCGGAUUAUUGAGCAAAGAUUGAGGAGAACUGUGAAAAUUUUGGAGAACCAAUUUGGAUUUAUGCCCGGGAGAUCGACUAUGGAGGCCAUUCAUCUUAUAAGAUUAGGGUUCAAUGUGUUCAAUAUUCUUGGUUCAUCUCUGAAGGGAUUUAUUGCUCCUGAAUUGGAUUUACUGACCAAUUUACAAGAAUUAAUUCUUCAUGGGAAUCAUCUGAUUGGGAUUAUUUUGAAAGAAAUUGGCUUAUUGAAUAACAUUACGGCAAUGGAUGUUGGGGCAAAACAAUUUUCUGGGUCGAUACCUCAUGAAAUAGGGAACUUGAAUUGUCGUUGGUUGUUCACUUCAUCACUUGCGCCGGUGUGUCAAGCUUUGCAGGUUGGUGUUAUUGGGAAUUUGGUCCACUCAUCUCCUAGCAUAAAGAAAGAUGUUCUCCUAGCUGGUGCCUUGCAACCUGUCAUUGGGCUGCUCAACUCCUGCUGUUCUGAGAGCCAAAGAGAAGCAGCUUUACUCCUUGGGCAGUUUGCCUCGGCUGAUUCAGAUUCCAAGGUACACAUAGUCCAGCGAGGUGCUGUCCCACCUUUGAUUGAGAUGCUUCAGUCGCCAGAUGCACAGCUUCGAGAAAUGUCAGCUUUUGCUCUUGGAAGGUUGGCUCAGGAUUCACACAAUCAAGCUGGUAUAGUUCAAUGUGGCGGUAUCGUGCCAUUGUUAAAACUUCUUGAUUCAAAAAAUGGUCCUCUACAGCACAAUGCUGCAUUUGCUUUAUAUGGUCUUGCAGACAAUGAGGAUAAUGUUGCAGAUCUUAUUAAAAUUGGUGGUGUUCAGAAGCUCGAAGAAGGGGAUUUCAUAGUUCAGAGGAACUUUUUAAUUGCGUCCUCAUGA